CCCUGCCCUGUCAGCGAAUAUCUCGAGAACCCGAGAACCCGUGAACCAAUUCACCACGAACCAUUUUAGCAUCUAAUAUCCCGCCAACUAUCUGCUCAUUAGCCUCGAAAUAUAACCAAGGUCUCCUCUGCCCAGUGUGUCAACUCCCAUCUGGAUUGGAUCAAUGUCGGCAACGGAGUCCCUUGACACGAUGAAGACAUUCUUCGUUUGGCAGCCGGCUCUAGGAGCCCCUCUGGAAUUUUCUCCUGCUUUGGGCACUCAGGAACUCGACAACUUGGUCCACGCCUAUGUACCCGGUCCGGCCACAAUUCAGGAGAAGAGGGCCCUCAUCUCUCUGGACUUCUUCGAGUACGCCCAGAUUACGGGUGCCACCGUGAAAUACUACUCAGUUGAUGUCGCGCCGACGAGAAAGGCUCCCUCAUCAGAAGGCUUGAGCCCCAUGCAUGGCUCGGGAUACAACUCCAGUUUUGUCUCCCCUGUUACAUCGAACUGGAGCUGGCAGUCGCCGUCCCCCACGCCGGUCUCUGUUGCUGCGUCAACCCCGUCGUCGUCCGCCCAGGAUCUCGCUGUACCCAAGGCUCGCAACGCGGUCCCCAAAAAGGCUUCGUCUCGCGCCUCUGUUCACAAUGACGACUUCUCCCACAUCCCGGGCAUGAAGAUUAUGACAAAGGAUGGCCGAGACGUCACCAACUCGGCAUCGCGUGGCUGCAAGACGAAGGAGCAGCGUGACCAUGCACACCUCAUGCGCAUCAUCAAGGCCUGCGAUGCCUGUCGAAGGAAGAAGGUCCGCUGCGAUCCGAGCCAUAAGAAGCGCACAUCAGGGCCUCAGGCCAGCACACAGCCCCCAUCCCAGUCACAAUCUCAUUCCCGAACCAGGCCGGCGAGGCCAGCCGCCUCGAGUCGGAAGAGCAAGAAGCCGGCCUGUCCAACACCCGCAGCCCCACCACCACCGCCAGAAUACACGGCAUUGGCGGCAUCAUUAUCCGACUUCGGCGUGCUUUUGGCUGGUGUCGAGGCUUCCGAAUCAGCGGCCAACCACCAAGACCCUUGGGAAGCUUUCGUUCAAUACGAGGAGGAGGAGCCUUAUUCUGGGGACGUUUCCGACUGGAAUAUGUUCUUUGAUUCGACGGAUUACACAUCACCCGACUCCAACAUGUCCACCUCGCCCACUCAGCCCUGUACUGCCACUCAACCUCCUUGCCAGCACGUUCCAUCGACGGAGGCGCAGUCUUCGCCCCGCAACGGUUCAAACGCUCAUGCACCUGAUCUGCCGGCACCGAAUCUGCCUUAUCUGAGCGGAGCUUCCGGAUCCAAUUAUGUCGACUUCAACCUCUUCUCUCCUGCCAAUAGUUUUGUCGAUGAAGACUCCAUGCCUCGCGUGGACAUCGGUGCCAAUCUAUCUGGGCACUUCGGGACUUCGAGCUUUGACACCCUUGAUCCAAGCCUCCUGGAGGAGUGCAACGUGGAUUGGGCAGUAUCUCGGCGUCCAGUCGUGUCGAAGCGAGACCAAGGACGCUCAAUUUCCAGUGCUUUCUGCCCCGAGCCUGGAUCCCAGCCAGCAUCCGUCCAACACAAGCAGUUAACCAUGCCGGAUCCAGAAUGGGAUGAAGCCGGAUCCUCACAGACGGGCCCUGCAGCGGGCAGGCGCAAUGCUGUCUUCCAAUUUGCAAGAAAUUCGACCACACAAGGCACGGCUGUGGCGUCAGAAGUUGAUCUUCAUGGCCAGUCGUCUUACGCGGCUUCUACAACGCAGAAUGCCACACAUCUUGUUGACAAACGAGACGUAACCGUUCGACAUGUAUCGCCGACUUGCGCGUCCGAACACUCGGACAAACGAGGUGAUGCUGAUGCUUCUCACACGGUAACUGCGGAUCAGAAUAUUCGUUCUCGUCCUGUUCCAAGGCCCAACAACGGGGAACUUUCCAUGCAGUCUAAUAGUCGCCUGCAGUCCAUCGCCCAGGUAGAGGCCCUGGGUGUGGACGGUGGGUCAACACCGGCGCAGACGAAAUCCGUACAUGCCAAUAGCACCAGGACGAACUUGUCUGGACCCGCCGACGCCGCACUACCUGGUUCCUCGUGGGAAGAAAGGACAGUCCUACGCGUCACGGAUGCUAGGUCACAGCAACAACGGCACGGUCUUUCCGACGCCUACGCCGUGGGUCAACAAGCAAGGGAUUCCCGACUCAGCAUCCGUGGAAUCUUACCGGAGAACGCGUCGCCAGGAUACACAUUGACUGAGGUCCCUGUCCAGGCCGUUACCACAAGCUCCAAUACCGGCCGAAUCUCUGGCGAGGAUAUCCCCUCCGAACCCUCGGGCUUCAAUUCGCAACAUGAGACCUCGACCACUCAAAACGCGACCCUCGCGGUGGUCGCACUGGGCGUGGUAGCAUGGGCAGCGCCACAGGGCCUCCAAUCUAUGGUGUGCAUGAUCGCACACUUUGCACUCGGCCUCAUGGCUCUCGGGUCCGUUUUCGGUCCCAGUGCCGUCUGGCCGGGUCCCUACGAGCAGAGGACCCACGCAACCAAAAACCACACGCAACCCGACAAACCGGCCUCGACUGUCUCCCACCUCCGCGGAGACUGGACGUCGAGGAUACGUGGCCUAUGUCGCCAGAUACAGAAUGCCCAUUCUACAGCUGUUGCUGGGCGCCUGGCGACCCAUAGGUUGCAGGCGCUCACUCAGUGAAACAUCUAGCUGAGCAGUCAUUGUUGGACGGUUUUUUCUUUUCCUCUCCCUCGUCUCCCCCUCUUGGGGGUUAGCGGGCUUUGCCGUUGCAGCAGCUCGGAAUUUUGAGUGUUGCUGUCGGUAUGUCUUGUCAUGUCACAAAGCAAGCAUCAUGCUAAGCGCAUUUGGUGUUUGUCAGGGAAUCUUUGGUUGUCGAUAUAUACCCCCUCUGUUCUUAGAUUACUCGUCCGGCACGUACAGGACGUUCGAGUCGGUCAGUGAGAUCUUAACAUUCUUCUUCGGCGUCUUGUCUGAGGCAAUGGGAGGGAGCACCAUGGUUUUGUAAGGAUGAGACGAGAGCUUCAUAGCGCUGGUGGCUUGCGGUAGAUGCUC